GGGCUAAGGCCUCCCAGAUCGUGCUCGAGCCAAAAGCUCGGCCUUCUUCGACACGGCGCGGCAGCACUCUGACGGCCUGACUCUGACCACUCCCUGUCGCCUCGCUCCUGAAGUCGCCAAGGUAGAGAAGGGCGACGAGAGGGUUUCGAAUUGGCGCCAACCAUUCCCCACAAUCCCGCCUUCCAGCUCUAGGGUUUCCACCCACUGCUAUGGCGGGAGCCACCGCCGCCACUCCCAUGGACAUCGACGCCGCCGCGCCGCCCCCUCCACCGGCCGGGGCGGCGGCGAAGGGCAAGGCGCCGCUCAGUGCCCCCGGGAGGGCCGCUCCAUGGGUCGAGAAGUACCGGCCCCAGUCCCUCGCCGACGUCGCCGCCCACCGCGACAUCGUCGACACCAUCGACAGGCUCACCAAUGAGAAUAGACUUCCACAUUUGUUGCUAUAUGGGCCACCUGGCACUGGGAAAACAUCGACGAUACUGGCGGUUGCACGGAAACUAUAUGGGUCUCAGUAUAGCAACAUGAUUCUGGAACUCAAUGCAUCAGAUGAACGUGGUAUUGAUGUUGUAAGGCAGCAGAUCCAGGAUUUUGCUGGCGCACGCAGCCUCUCUUUUGGGGCAAGGCCUUCUGUUAAGUUGGUCCUCUUGGAUGAAGCAGACGCAAUGACUAAGGAUGCACAAUUUGCAUUGCGAAGAGUCAUUGAAAAGUAUACAAGGAGCACAAGGUUUGCACUCAUAUGCAACCAUGUCAACAAAAUUAUCCCUGCACUACAAUCAAGGUGCACUAGGUUUAGAUUUGCUCCACUUGAUGGCAGUCAUGUUAGAGAGCGUCUUCAGCAUAUAAUAAAAUCUGAGGGGCUCGCUGUAGAUGAGGGUGGCUUGACAGCCCUAGUGCGGUUAAGCAAUGGUGAUAUGAGGAAGGCUUUGAAUAUAUUGCAGUCAACACACAUGGCAUCCCAACAAAUCACAGAAGAAGCUGUCUAUCUUUGCACAGGAAACCCCAUGCCAAAAGAUAUUGAGGAGAUAGCAUUUUGGCUACUAAAUGAGCCAUUUUCAACCAGCUUCAAAUAUAUAUCUGACAUGAAGAUGAGGAAAGGGCUGGCCUUGGUUGAUAUCAUACGGGAGGUUACUAUGUUCGUGUUCAAAAUACAAAUGCCAUCUGAUGUUCGUGUAAAACUGAUUAAUGACCUGGCUGAUAUUGAGUACAGGCUAAGCUUUGCAUGCAAUGACAAGCUACAGCUGGGCGCACUGAUCUCAACUUUCACCAAUGCUCGCACGGCUAUGGUUGCUGCUGCCAGCUAAUGCAGUAAUGUUGAUGGAUCUUUUUGUUGCCCUUUGCUGCCCCCAUUGGAACCUGAAGAUGAAGCACAGCUACCUUUGUGGGUCACCAUCUUGUCUGUAGUUAGCAAGCUGCCGGUCACCGUCUUGUCUGUAGUUAGCAAGCUGAAAAGGGUGAGGGUUUUCUUAGAUCUGUAUGCUGCUGGGAUGCGAUGACCUGGAACUUGGGAGUCUCCCAUGAUUGAAUGCUGUCAGGCGUUGUUGAGCUAUGAUGCAUGUAAUAUUCUAUCCAGUAGUGAAGUAACUAUAACCGAACAUCUUCAUUGAUAAAGUAUGUGAAAUUGCAAAGGCGAUGGUGAUUUAUGGUGAUCA